AUGUUCAACACGAGGUUUGUGUUUUUUUUGAAUUCGAUCAAUUAAUUUCAAGAUUUCAGUAAAUUUGUUGGCCGCACAGUUGUUAUAACGGGUGCAUCUCGAGGAAUCGGCAGGGAAAUAGCUUUGAAACUGGCAAAGGUUGUAUUUCCAUUCUGUUCUGUGUCUCAAUCAUGAAGUUAAGGACGGUGCGAACAUCGUUAUUGCUGCAAAAACAACCACCGCUCACCCCAAGCUUCCUGGAACGAUUUACACAGUCGCCGAAGAGAUUGAGAAGGUAUGAAUUUUUUACUCAACUUUUAUAGUUUAUUAUUUUUUUUUUUCAGCUUGGAGGUAAAGCGCUUCCAUGUGUUGUAGACGUUCGUCACGAGGAUUCUGUGAAAUCAUGCGUAGAAAGUACGGUGAAGGUUGGGUGAAAUGAAAAGCUUCGAAAGAAGAGUGGAAGGGUUUAGGAGUUCGGCGGGAUUGAUAUUUUGGUGAAUAAUGCAUCAGCGAUAUCACUAACAAACACUGAGGACACGGAUCUGAAAAGAUACGACCUGAUGCACUCGAUCAACACCAGGGGUACUUAUUUGAUGUAGGGUUUUCCUCCUGGUUCAAUUUUUUUGUUGAACCUCGAGUAUUUCAGGACGAAAACCUGCCUACCAUACCUGAAACAAGGUUCGAAUCCCCACGUUCUGAACAUUUCGCCGCCGCUUUUGAUGGACGCCCAGUGGUUCUCCAACCACGUCGCCUACACCAUGGCCAAGUACGGAAUGUCGAUGUGCGUUCUGGGCCAGCACGAAGAGUUCCGACAGUUUGGCGUCGCCGUCAACGCUCUCUGGCCUCUAACCGCCAUCUGGACCGCAGCCAUGAAAAUGCUCAGCCACAAGGGCGGCGAGGCUGGCUGUAGGAAAGUAAGCUUUGUGAAAUUUGCUUUGGAAUAUUUGAGCUUUUCUUUUUUAUACUCUGCUUUUCCCCAUUAUAAUUUUCAUGUAAUAACCUUUACGCGUCGUAAUUGAUUCCCUUGACAGCCGGUAACCUUGAAAUUCAUAAUUUUUGCGGACUAGAAGGGAAAUAUGACCCCUGCUUGAGAUUUUUAUGACUAAGAAAAUAACCCCUAGGGAGGUCAUUAUACUUUGCGGUUUGGGCUUUUUUACGAAUUUGAUGAAGAUCCUUGUACCCUAAAAAAUAAUUUUAGCCAGAAAUAAUGGCCGACGCUGCCUACGCCGUCCUCUCCAAGAACAGCAGGGACUACACCGGCAACUUUGCCAUCGACGAAGACGUCCUUCGAGCAGAAGGCGUCACCAACUUUGACAAGUAUGCGUGUGUACCUGGUAAACUCUCCAGAUUGUCUUGGAAAACUCCUUGGAAAUUUCCAGGAGCGCCCUUGACUCCAGACUUUUUCAUUCCGGCUGAGCACUACGAGUCGAUGUUCACCAAGCCGAAACCGCGUCAGGAAAUAAGGGCAUCUCAUGAAAAGGUACACAUAACUGCUGCUUUUUCAGUUUUACAUAGAGUUGACAGUUUGUUAGAUCCCUGCAAAACCUAUUUUCCAUGCUUUUUUCCGUCUAUUUCACAAAUCUGGAUUUUUUUUUCUCUCAAAAAAAGAACUGGUUCUCAGGCCGUAGUCGCUGAGGAAGUCAACCGGGUUUUGAAAUCCAUGAAGGAUUUGCUGAGCAAUGAAAUUGUGAAACGCGUUGGAUUCGUUUAUCAUUUCACUUUGACAGGUAUGACGUGAAGAAAAAGUCUCUGAAAUUUCAAAAAUUGAAUUUUUUCUUGACGAUUUCAUUUUUUGUAACCUCUAAAAUCUUGCGUCUUGAGUGAUACUCGUGCACCGUUAGUAGCGUCUUAAGAGCUUUCUGUAGGGUUAUUUGAAUUUUGUGGGAUUGUGCGAAACUUUGAAAAACGUUAGAAAGUCAAAAAGAUGGCUGUUUUUUUUUUGUAUUUCGCGCAAAUUUUUUUGUUGCUUUAAAAUUUUUCAAGAAAACCAAAAAAAGUCUCCGUGCCCGAAAAAAAUAAUAUCUGAAUUCUUUAUCCUUUUCAGGUGAUGUUUCAAAGGAAAUCACUCUAGAUUUGAAAAACGGUGCUGGUACAAUUUCUGAAGGUCAAAGAAAUAAUGCGAAUGUCCAGUGAGUUUCUAUUCCGAAACUAUAUUUUUCCAAACAAUCUUUCCAGUUUCACCGUCCCGGCCACGGACUUUGUCAAGAUCUUCACCGGUCACCUGAAGCCAACGACGGCGUUCAUGACGAAAACUCUGAAAAUAUCGGGCGAUAUGAGCGCCGCAAUGAAACUCGAGUCCUUCCUCGCCAAGUGGAAACGCGGUAACUGA